GGAAAGUGGCAAUUAAAAAAUUAAAUGUGGGCGAACCGAGUCCUGCUCAGCUUCAAGCUUUCAAAAAUGAAGUUGGUGUGUUAAAGAAAACUAGACAUGCAAAUGUUUUGCUUUUCAUGGGUUGGAUGCGUGAACCAGACCUUGCAAUUGUCACUCAGUGGUGUGAAGGAUCUUCUUUAUAUAGACAAAUACAUGUGAAUGAGCCUCGCGUAGACUUCGAAAUAUCAUCAGUUAUUGAUAUUUGCAAGCAAAUCGCUCAGGGAAUGAAUUAUUUACAUUCCCGUCACAUCAUUCAUAGAGAUCUUAAGACGAAUAACAUUUUCUUAACUGAUGAUGGUACAGUCAAAAUUGGCGAUUUUGGCUUGGCCACUGUCAAAACGCGUUGGAAUGGUGGACAACAAAAUCAGCAGCCAACUGGAAGUAUCCUUUGGAUGGCUCCGGAAGUGAUAAGAAUGCAAGAUUCGAAUCCAUACACAACUCUUUCUGAUGUAUACUCAUUUGGCAUUUGUUUGUUCGAAUUGCUGUCAGGAGUUUUACCUUAUUCGCAUAUCAACAGUAGAGAUCAGAUUUUGUUUAUGGUUGGCCGUGGCUAUUUGAAACCCGACUUCACUAAAGUGCGCCACGACACACCAAAAGGCUUGCUAACAUUGCUUGAAAAAUGUAUUAAAUUUUGUCGAGACGAACGUCCGGAAUUUGAACAGGUUCUCAUUUAUCUCGAGCGAGCUUCAGCUGGUCUUCCAAGACUGAAACGUUCUAUGUCGGAACCACAAAUAUACAGAAGUUAUUAUGACCAGCAUGAUUUUCUGUUACCGGUUCAAACACCGAAUUCCCCUAAAACAAACACUGUUGGAAAAUUUUCGCUUUUUACUACGUAUAAUUGGACCGAUCAGUUGUAA